CAGUUUUAACCGACAAAAAUUGAUUACAAUCAGUUUUACCCACAUUUUUUGUUUCCCUAUCAAAUGUUUCUUGGGGCAAAUUUGAUAGGAUAGUGUGAAUAUCACUCAAUCAUUACUCUACUUUUCUACUCCUAUUUGAAGGCUUUCAGAAGGGAAGAUAGAGAGACUAAAAAACAAUGGCAGAUAAUGAUAGUAAUGAUUCUCAAUCAGUUCAUCUUCCUCAUGAUCUUAUAGUUCAUCAUAUUCUACCAUGGUUACCCAUAAAAUCUUUGAUGCAAUACAAGUUAGUUUCCAAACAAUGGUAUUCUUCCAUCUCUUCUCCUACUUUUAUCAAAACCCACUUGAAAUUAACCCCUUUUUCUGACCCAUUUACCCCACUUGAAUCCCUAAUAAUCCAAUCUGGUCAUGGUUAUUACCUUUAUGAAUGUGAUGAUGAUGAUGAUGAUCUUGAACAUGGUGUUCAAUGGCAGAAUUUGAUUCAAUUUGAAGGUGGUUAUAUGUUUAGGGACACUUAUUUAGUUGGAUCUUCAAAUGGGUUAGUUUGUUUAGCUCAUUAUAAGAAUGAAUACUUCAUUUUAUGGAAUCCUACAACUACCCAACACAGAAUACAUUACCCUGAUGAAGGUUUUGGUAAUCAAAAACCUAAUUUUAUCAAUUGGGGUUUUGGGUAUGUUUCCUCUGAAAAUGAUCAUAAAGUUAUCAGAAUUAGUCUGAUUUGGGCAAAUGAUAGGUUUAUUAAUGCAGUUCAUGUGUAUUCUUUAAGAUUUAAUAGAUGGAAAAAGAUCAAAUUUGGUCUUGAUCAUUAUUUUUUCCCUCAAAGAGCAAGAUUAGUUCAUGGGUUUUUGUAUUGGGCUUGGAAUUGUAAAUCAACUGAUAGUAUAAAGCUUGUUUCAUUUGAUUUAUACAGGGAGAAAUUUGAGAUUGUUCAUCAUUUGGAUUUGAAUUCAGAAUCUGAUAUGUUAUGUGUUAUGGGAGGUUGUUUAUCCAAAUGUACUUGUAAUCCCCCAAAUGGUCUAAAAAUAGACAUUUUGAAAUCCCAAUUUGGGGUUUGUUCUGUUGAUGUUCAGUGUGAUUUAACACAGACUAAUUUUGUUGAUUUAGUAGGGUUUACUAAAACCGGAAAGAUUUUAUUGGUUGAUGAUGUUAAUCGACGAAUUUUAAGGCUCGAUUUUGGUUCAGAAACCGAGAAAUCGGUUGCGAUACUUCGUUGGUGCGGUAAGGAUACUCGAAUCGAUGGGUAUGUUCCAAGUGCAGUUUCACCUUAUCCCUCACCAGAGUUAGGGCAGGUUGCUUACCUAUAUAGCAGCUGAGUUAAGAAGCCUUGAAUGUAGCUUUCUGUGACGUGAUCGAGAUUCGACUAUGAUCUGUGAAUGGUCUGCAAUCCUAGCUAUGAUCCAUGAAGGGAUGUGGGUUAAUAACAUAGAAGCAUAUGAAUGUAAUGGUUCAGUCCAAGUAUGGAAAACUGAUGUAUCCUGCUUAAUUUACUUUGGUUUGUGUAGUCAAUGUUGAAUCUAUUCACAUUUCUAAUGAAGGAGUAUAAUAGAGUGUUAAAAAAAUAAAAA